GAUCGGAGGUGAUCCGCGCAUGGGAAAAUGACAAUCAAGUUUGUGGUGAUGAUCUUCAUACUUGUGCUUCAAGGUGCUCGUUCUGAUCUACUGGAUUAUGGCGACGACGAUGAAGAUCCCAACGACACCACUGUCAAUCAAAUGCUGGUCCCCAGGUCGCACCAGGAGGACGCCACACUCAUACUCAACAAUCUGCUCAAGGAAUAUGACAAGACGCUGCGGCCGGACAUUGGAGUGAAACCUACAGUCAUCGAUGUGGGCAUCUACGUCAACAGCAUCGGGCCUGUGUCAUCCAUCGAUAUGGAGUACCAGAUCGAUAUUAUCUUCGCCCAGACCUGGGUGGACACCCGUCUCCGGUAUAACAGCAGCAGCAGCAUGCGGCUAACCCUCAACAGCAAUAUGGUCGGCUUGAUCUGGCUACCCGACACCAUCUUUAGGAAUUCCAAGAAUGCAGACUCUCACUGGAUCACGACGCCCAAUCAGCUGCUGAGGAUUUGGAACAAUGGAAAAGUACUCUACACACUGAGGAUGACCAUCAACGCCGAAUGCCAGCUGCAACUCCAUAAUUUCCCAAUGGACGAACACUCGUGUCCCCUCGUCUUCUCCAGCUUCCAGCCUCCCGAUGGCUCAUCAGAUUCAGAUGAGGGAUCAAAUGAGCAGGACGGAGAGGAUGAACUUAAUGUUUUGGGCCGCGGUGAGGACCUCAGCAGCAGCAGCGUCAGGAGAGCCACUGUUGGCUCUAAUGAUGAGGCUUAUCUCAGAGUGUUUCUGCGAUUUAUGGCCGCACACACUCUGUAG